GGCGCAGGCGCACUCGUCACCGCCGCUACUGCGGCGUCCCGGGCUGGCGUCCCCCAGUGGAGGCGGUUUUCAGCGGACACAACAUCUUUGUUUGUAUGUGGUGCUGAGGAUCGAACCCGGGCAGCACGCAUGUCAGCUCCUUCAGCUGGAACACAGAGAGCCUGUCUCUCAGAGAGGGAAAAUCUGUACAAAGGAGAUAGUCGACUCUUGGAGUUCAGCUCAACCAGUGUGUGAAGACUGCUGUGGGCGAGGGGCUGCACUGGAACCUGGGCCAGGCUGUCACCUAGUGGGAGCCACUGGCCUGGCAACAGAUGAAUUCCCCAGUGGGAAGUACUGCAGCAGCACUAUGACCAGGGCCCUGUAGCCCCACACACCAUGGAGUGAUUCCCCUAUCCUCAGGAAGGAACAGUGCCAGGAAGGACUUCCUGGAGGAAAGAGCUGGAUCUGGAAGUCUGAGUGAGGAGAUGGGAAAGGGAGCAUAGAGCUCAGCAGACUGCGUCUACAAAGAAGAGGGUCUUGCGGAUGGCCCCGCUACCUGGGGCAGAGCUGAUCCAGAAGCCACGACAGCUCUACCGAUACUUGCUGCAUUGUUGCCGGCAGCUGCCAACCAAGGGCAUCCAGGAGCAUUACAAACAUGCUGUCAGGCAGAGUUUCCGAGUUCAUUCAGAUGAAGACAACCCUGAGAGAAUCCAGCAGAUUAUUAAAAGAGCCAUUGAAGAUGCUGACUGGAUCAUGAACAAAUAUAAAAAACAAAACUGAGACUCCAGAGCCCAAAGUGAAGCUGUCCUAGAGACAUUUAAAAUCCAGAGGUCUCUCUUCUCCUGGAGCCAGUCAGCAGCAGCAGUUUUGGAAUAUUCUUUGGCCCUGUUGGCUUAGAGAACAAGAAAUCAGGAGGAAAAAGCUAACAUCCGCUCAGACAGCUCUUCUCUCCACGGUCAUGUUUCCAGCAUCUUUUAUGUUUGCUCUUCCAGCUAGUCACGAUGUGAAAUUUGGGGAGAAUAUGGUGUUUUUUUGUUUCUUUUGUGUGUUUUUCAUUUUUGUUUUUUUAUUAUUUUACUUUGCUCUGAAAGUGAUUCAUUUAUUCUGGAGGUCUCUCUACCAUUCCCUGAGCCCCACAUCAGAUCUCCCCACAGUUGGCCGCUUGCACAGAGGAAAGCGAGUGGGCUUGAGAAGCCGACAGAUCUGGAUCUGAAGCCCAGCUCAGCAGCUUUUCUGGUGACUCGCCUUUGAGAUUGGUUUCCUCCUUGAGGAGGAUUAAAUAAAAUGGAGUUGAAGUGCCUAACGUAG